CGCCAGGGCUGGAGGGGCGCGCGUGGCGGCGGCGGCGGCCCAGCGUGAAGGCGCGGAGGCGGCCAUGGCGGGCAACUUCGACUCGGAGGAGCGGAGUAGCUGGUACUGGGGCCGCUUGAGCCGGCAGGAGGCGGUGGCGCUAUUGCAGGGCCAGCGGCACGGGGUGUUCCUGGUGCGGGACUCGAGUACCAGCCCCGGGGACUAUGUGCUCAGCGUCUCCGAAAACUCGCGCGUCUCUCACUACAUCAUCAACAGCAGCGGCCCGCGCCCUCCAGUGCCUCCGUCGCCCGCUCAGCCUCCGCCGGGAGUGAGUCCCUCCAGGCUCCGAAUAGGAGAUCAAGAAUUUGAUUCAUUGCCUGCUUUACUGGAAUUCUACAAAAUACACUAUUUGGACACUACAACAUUGAUAGAACCAGUUUCCAGAUCAAGGCAGGGUAGUGGAGUGAUUCUCAGGCAGGAAGAGGCCGAGUAUGUGCGAGCCCUCUUUGACUUUAAUGGGAACGAUGAAGAAGAUCUUCCCUUUAAGAAAGGAGACAUCCUGAGAAUCCGUGAUAAGCCUGAAGAGCAGUGGUGGAAUGCAGAGGACAGCGAAGGGAGGAGGGGGAUGAUCCCCGUCCCCUACGUGGAGAAGUAUAGACCUGCCUCCGCCUCAGUGUCGGCUCUGAUUGGAGGUAACCAGGAGGGUUCCCACCCACAGCCACUGGGUGGGCCGGAGCCUGGGCCCUAUGCCCAACCCAGCGUCAACACUCCGCUCCCUAACCUCCAGAAUGGGCCCAUUUAUGCCAGGGUUAUCCAGAAGCGAGUCCCUAAUGCCUACGACAAGACAGCCUUGGCUUUGGAGGUCGGUGAGCUGGUAAAGGUUACGAAGAUUAAUGUGAGUGGUCAGUGGGAAGGGGAGUGCAAUGGCAAGCGCGGUCACUUCCCCUUCACACAUGUCCGUCUGCUGGAUCAACAGAACCCUGAGGAGGACUUCAGCUGAGUAUAGCUCAACAGUUUGCUGACAGAUGGGAACAG